AUGUAUACAUCGCAUCAGGUCAUACUAUACGUCGAUUUAAAGUUGUGUGUUACAGCGUUCCAAAGUGGAGGUAAAAAAAAAAAAAUUCGAAACAUUCUUCAGUACCACUACGACCAAGGUGAAAAGGCGGAGCAGGCGGCCAAAAAAAUUUGUGCUGUUUAUGGACCCAAUACAGUAUCGAAUGCAACAGCAAAGCGGUGGUUCCAACGAUUCCGUUCUGGUAAUAUGGACGUCGAAGAUAAGGCACGCUCUGGUAGGCCAAUCGUCGAAAAUGUCGAUAAAAUCAUGGAAAUCGUCGAGUCGGACCAGCAUGUGAGCACUUAUUCCAUUGCCCAAGAACUGAAGAUUAGCCAGAAAACCGUUUGGAACCAUUUGCAUAAGGCUGGUUUCAAGAAGAAGCUCGAUGUAUGGGUGCCACACGAAUUGACGCAAAAGAACCUUUUGGACCGAAUUGAUGCCUGCGAUUCUUUGCUGAAACGUAACGAAAUCGACCUAUUUUUGAAGCGGAUGGUAACUGUUGAUGAAAAAUGGGUCACAUACGAGAACAACAGCCGAAAAAGAUCGUGGUCCAAUCGCGGUGAACCGGCCCAAACGAUCGCCAAGCCCAGAUUAAUGGCCAAGAAAGUUUUGCUGUAUGUUUGGUGGGAUUGGAAAGGAAUCAUCCACUAUGAGCUGCUCCCAUCAGGCCAAACACUCAAUUCGGACCUCUAUUGUCAACAACUGACCAGAUUGAAGCAGGCGAUCGACCAGAAGCGGCCAGAAUUGGCCAAUAGGAAGAGUGUUGUGUUCCAUCAAGACAACGCCAGACCGUACACAUCAUUAACGACGCGCCAGAAGCUCCGAGAGCUUGGAUGGGAGAUUCUAUUGCACCCACCGUAUAGUCCAGACUUGGCACCAAACGAUUAUCACCUUUUCAGGCAUUUGCAAAAUUUUCUUGAUGGUACAAAACUGGCCUCAAAAGAGGCUUGUGAAAAUGAGCUGGUCAAAUUACGGGAACUAAGCCACGAGUGUAAGGGUGCAGUGUCAGAUGCUUGCAACCAGGUAUCUGCAGUGCAAAAUAUUCGCACACUGAUAAGUCACGAAGCCUUCAAGGCUAAUCCUUGA